UAAUUUCAGUAAUAUUUUAUCAUUUUCAUGGCUACUCCAACAUUCAGCCUCACAAAACAAAGACCACGAAAGCAAUUGUUCAUAGUAGGUGCAAAGAUGACAUGCAAGUUGAUGCUGCUUGUUGUUUUUGGAGUUCUAGUGCAAACUUGCUCCGCAAGGAAGCUUCUUGGUGAUUCAAUAGUGCCCAAUUUACCUAUUAUCAAGGGUGGAGUCGACCAAAUUUUAGGAGGUCUUGGUGACGGUGGUGGCGGUGGUGGCGGUGGUGGUGGAGGAGGUGGUGGAGGAGGUAGUGAUGGUGGAUUUGGUGCUGGCUUUGGAUUUGGCGAAGGUUAUGGAUCAGGUGCAAAUGAUGGACUUGGCAAAAUUGUAGGAGGUCUAAUUGGCGGCAGCGGCGGUGGGGGUGGCGGAGGGGGUGGUGGUGGUGGUCAGAAUGGUGGUAGUGGUUUUGGCAUUGGAUAUGGAGAGGGUCACAGAUCCGGUCCAAAUGGUGGUGGAAAUGGAGGAGGGGGAGGUGGUGGUGGAGGCGGUGGUGGUGGUGAUAAUGGUGGUAGUGGUUUUGGCAUUGGAUAUGGAGAGGGUCACGGAUCCGGUCCAAAUGGUGGUGGAAGCGGCGGUGGUGGCGGUGGUGGUGGCGGAGGUGGUGGCGAUCAAAAUGAUGGUAGUGGUUUUGGCUUUGGAUAUGGCGAGGGUCACGGAUCUGGUGCAAAUGGUGGUGGCGGAGGAGGAGGGGGUGGCGGUGGAGGUGGUGGUGGUGGUCAAAAUGGUGGUAGUGGUUUUGGUUUCGGACAAGGGUCGGGCUAUGGUGAUGGUGGCAAUUGAUCCAUGUAUUUUCUCAAAUAUUUUUAUUAAAGAUAAUAAGUAUAAAGCAUGUUUGGUAACGUGCAUUUGCUUGAAAUAAUUUUCAAAUAACUAUUUUGCGCCUCUAUUGGGACUUCCAUUUUUUUUUCCUAAUAUUUAGUG